ACAAGUCGGACCUGAAAAGUGGUGGCGCCUCUGCGUAACGCCUGCAAAGGUCGAGUCUCAGUCUGAGAAUUUUUUUGUCUUCUUUCCGCUCAACGUGUCGGCUUGAAAGAAGUUCUGUUCAGCAAGCAGGCAGCGCGCGUCAGCUGAAAUGUCCCAAGACGAAGACGAGCAAGGGACGAGCACGCAAAAGGGCUACCGCCUGCUGGGCAUCCUCGAUGUGCAAAAGACGCCUUGCGCCCGGGAGGCAGUUCUUCACGGUGCUGGUGCCUCAUUGGCCGCCGGCCUCCUGCACUUUUUGGCCACCAGUCGCGUGAAGAGGUCGUUCGACGUGGGCGCGGGGGGCUUCCUGCUCGCCACUUUGGCUUCCUGGUGCUACUGCCGCGCCAGCAACGCCAGGCAGCGAGCGCAGCAGAGGAUGAUCCAGCACGGUAUGAAAAACAAGAUUAUCUACCAGGGGACCCCCGCAGACCCAGCGCGCAGCGGCCAAAACUCACAAGCCACCUCGGGAUCCUCCUGACCUCACACGCUUGGCAACGUGAUUGCCUAUCGGUUUGUUGCAUGCAACGCAGCGGCUGGGAGAACGUUCAAGUGGGAAGUGAGCCGAGCGUACGCCGGCGCCACAAAAUAAAACAGGUUAUUUUGUGAGGGUGGGGUCACGGAGGCCACGCUGCAAACGGGAAACAUUUUAUUCAGCGUUCAAGUGAAACACCAUCAUCACAUUAAAACGUUGACGUUUGCAGCGGCCGCUUGAGCAAAACUGGAUGCCGCCGCAGCGACGCCAACAUCAAAUCUUCAACAGUGUGUGCGACUGCGGUGGGGGUGGAUUACUCUUUCUUGGGAGGGGGUGUGUCCAGGAAAUCCCUGGAAGACAAAAAAAAAAGGUUAUUACUGAAAACAAAAUUCCACAUUUUUUUCUUAACUGAGUUUUGGCCACGGCGCAACAUAGUAGUCAGUCCUCCAGAGAGGCUGUCCUGCUUGUUUGAGGUGUGUCCUUUCUGCGACACAGCCCAUUCAAAGGAUCAGGAUCCUUUUCAGGCUUCUGCCGAUGAGCUCCUCAUUUGAAUCGGGGUGGGGGGUGUUGCAGGAGGGACACACCGAAAACAAGCAGUAAGGCGGCCCUCCGGUAACGGAGCUGGCCGAACGGGUGAUGAGAAAUUGCACGCCUCCACGUAAGAUUAACAAAAGGCCCAAUCUUAGGAGAUGAGAAGAUUUCCACAAUCUGAAUUGUGUGAGGAAAAAUUUAAUAACCAAAUGUAUAAUGUCUCUCUGUAACCACAAAGUUAUCUUACUAGAUCAAAUAAAGUUUUUUUUAGUACCCUGA